AUCUAGUAUAUAAAAAAAACUACCUUUUGUGCCAUUUUAUGAGCAACUCAAUUGAAGAUCGAAGUCUUUGAGAGAAUAACAAAACUUCAGAACACAUUCUCGUAGUAUUGUAACAAAGUCACGAACGAUGAGCUUUUGCAGCAUGACCACGAUCACCACCACCACCGUCAAGUUCAUGUGGCUCCCAACAAUAAUUCAAAGUUUCAAACCCCACAGGACCUGCAGAAUCAAUUCAAACGUCUGUCGGCAAUACUGCCACCGCCUGCGCAAUUAUGCACCUACUGGCUACAAACAGUGAACCAAUGGUACAUUUUUUGUAAGCCCAAUUCUGAUGUAACAUUGCUUUAACACAUGUGGGAUUUGUGGAGGCUGCUGCUGCAGCAACUUGCCUGGGUUUUGUUUGACUUGUACAGUUUCAACUCAUCCACUCUCUUUUAGCCCUGUUAGCUUUAUAAUGAUCUUGGCCUGGAUCUACACUCUCUUAUAUCAAUGGUGAAAAGAGUGUGAUGGUUGUAUCUAAGAGAUGAAUUAGGUUAAGGUUUCAGCCCCCGACAUUGUAUUGCCGGCGGCGGCAUACAGGGUGAUAGACCAGGCAUAUGCAUUUCUUCUUCUUCUUCUUCUUCUUCUUCUUCUUCUUCUUCUUCUUCUUCAUCAUCAUCACUGUUCCAUUCAUAAGCUUUCCUCCGUUUUAUCACCUCGUUGGUGUUUGGUUCCCGGGAAAGUUCGAAUUUUUAAUAUGUUUUUGUACAUGAAAAUGAAAACCCAAGAAAAAUAGUAGUAUAGUAUAUAUAUAGUAAAUAAAUUUAGGAAAAAGGGGGAAAGAGGGCCCGAGUCGAGCGUGUCUGAGUCAGUGAGUGAGUGAAGGAAAAUCCUCGAGACGUUCAGACCGGCUCCGGCACCUAGUAGUAUGAGAAUCGAAGAGAAGGCGGUGGCCGAAAUGGGAGACGGCGAACAACAGAAGAUGAUGUGGAGCAGAGAGACGAUUCCGAGAGUGAUGAAGAUCGUCGGGGCAAGGCUCCAUCAGAGAGACCUGGUUUCGCUGCUCCUCGUCAGCCCGUGGAUCCACCGAGCUCUCGUCUCCUACUCUUCCCUCUGGCUGGUUCUCGACUUCCGGGAGAAGAACAAGGCUGGCGAGCGCCUCAUAGCCGCUCUUUCUCUGCCGAGAUAUCAACAUUUGAAGGAGAUAAACCUAGAAUUCGCUCAAGAUGUUGAAGAUAGGCAUCUUGAAGUCCUUCGAACCGAGUUUCAUGGCACACUCCAAAACUUGGAGUGUUUGAACCUAAAUGGCUGCCAGAAGAUCUCUGAUAAAGGAAUAGAAGCUAUAACGAGCUGUUGCCCUAAGCUAAAGAUCUUCUCUAUUUAUUGGAACGUUAGGGUGACAGAUGUGGGUAUCAAUCAUAUGGUGGAGAACUGCAAACACAUAAGUGAUCUCAACUUGAGCGGAUGCAAGAAUGUAUCAGACAAAAGUAUGCAGUUAAUUGCCAACAAUUAUCCAGAGUUAACGUCAUUGAACCUCACAAGGUGCAUCAAGCUGACUGACGUUGGCCUGCAACAGAUACUACUCAAGUGCUCAUUAUUACAAACUUUAAAUCUUUAUGCACUUUCCAGCUUCACAGAUAAAGCAUACAGGACCAUAUCGAAUCUACCCCAUUUGAGAUUUCUAGACUUAUGUGGUUCACAGCUUCUGUCAGAUGAAGGCCUUACUUGUAUAGCAAAGUGCAAAGACCUUGUCUCUCUCAACUUGACAUGGUGCGUACGUAUCACUGAUGUUGGGGUCAUAGCUGUUGCCGAAGGUUGCAGAUCAUUGGAGUUCCUUAGCUUGUUUGGAAUAAUUGGUGUAACUGAUAAGUGCCUGGAAGUUCUUUCAAGUUGCUGUUCAAACACACUUACAACACUCGAUGUAAACGGAUGCAUUGGCAUAAAGAGGAGGAGCCGUGAUGAAUUGCUUGGCCUGUUCCCCUACCUCAACUGUUUCAAAGUCCACAGUUGAAUUGAAUGAAGUUGUGCUUCAAUUACAUGUAGGCCGCCAAUUAUUUUCAGCUGAUUGGAAUUAGGGAAGUGAAACAGUCUAACAUUUCUGUCUAUUAUAUUUCAUGUAAAAAAAGUAAAUACACUAUGAUGACGUUAGCAAACAUGCCCUUAUGUUAAGUUUUGUAUCCAAUUUGGUUAAUUAUUGUUGUGUUAUUUUAUCUUAUGUAUGCUUAGUCGAGGAAGACAUACUGAUAACGAUAAAUUAGUCAUAUUUCACGUCCUAUUUUUUUAAUUGUUUUAUGCCAAUUUCAUCAUAUUGUACUCAUGCUUGACUCAUGAUUGAUACAGAGAAGAACUCAAGUAACUGGAAUCCACCAAUUACUAAAGCCAACUCACGAGCAACAAACCCAAUGAACAAAGUAAAUCUUUGAUUCAAAAAUUGUUCGAUGUAUUACAAAGACUUAACAAGCCUUUUAUAGGCUUUGAAACCACCAACUAUACUAAGAAGGAAAGACUACUAAACUACAACUCAAAUAAGGAAAACAAACACGAAAAAGCCUUAAAAAAACCUUCUCCAACUCGGUUGCUUGCUGCCUAAGAAGCUAGCUUCAAGGGCAAGUAAGCAAAAUUGUUUCCAUACCAACUUUAGGCUCUUCGUUCGAAGGCGUCCAAGCUCAGUCAAGCUCAACCGAUUCCUUCACACUCAUUAACAAGUCUUGAACUUCCAUUUUAAACUCUCAGAUUCACUCGAAUGUCCUUCAAGUCGAAAGAGUAAGCUCCCAAAGUGGUGCCCCUAAACUGGCUUUAUACUUAUCAUUUUCAUAGUUUCCAGAAUUCCUUCUCCUCUUGCCAUCAUGGCUUCUUUGAGCUUCAAGGGGAUUGUGUUUGGAUCAUAUUUGAGGCUUGCAUCAUUUUAAACUUCACGACCGUAACUUUACAUGUCAUGGGAGCAACGCUUGCAUGUCACGGGAGCAACACCUAUUUCAACGAGUAUACAUAGGAGAUAGGGUAUUUUUCAAGGGACCUUACACUUUCAAAUUUAGAUAGAAUUUUGGAGAGAGAAAGUGAAAGUGAUAGCAAUAGAGUUUUAGAGUUUAUAAAAGGGAUGAUCAAUUGAGAGCAUUUUUCUAGAGAGCUUCUUUCUUGGAUUCUCAUCAAGAGGACCGAAGAUUUGGACAAAAGAGAAGAAGAUGAUUUCCUAAAAGAAGGUCUAUUUAUCUUUGUAUUCUCUCCACCAUCGUGAGCGAAACUUCUCAUCACUUGGGUGAGAUGAACCCUACUUUUAGGAUCAAUCUAUGAAUGUUUGUGAAUCUAGUAUAUGAAUAUUUUUUUAUCUAUUAUCAAUCGUGGUCCUAUAUCACUUAUCUUUUUGUGUUGGCCAAACUAAAGUGUUGUGGGUCUUUAACUAAAAAAGAGAAAUCCAAACUAAAGGUGUAUAAUUCAGAGUCAUCCGGGUUUGAUGUUUUUUGGGAAGUUAUUCGGGUUUGAUUUUAUUUAUCGAUAUUUUGACAUACAUAUCUCAAUCUCGUAAUCCCAAAUAGCACUCCAAAAUCUGCCCAAUCACAAUCCCUAAAAAUUAGUUGAUAUUUUAUAACACUAAAUAGUGAUAAAUUUGGUAGGCUAUUUGGUAUAUAAAAACCAAUAUCAAACUUCCGGUCCUCAGUAAAUAGUUUGUUUUGUUUAGAUAAAAAAAAGAAGGUUUUGGGGACAAACUAUUGUAAUACAUAUCCGAUAUAUGUAGGGGUGUUUAAAUGGUUACCAUGGUAAUUACCAAACCAAAUAAGCUUAAAUUUCAUUAACCAUGAAAUACAAUAUCAUAACCAAACCGUCCAAACUAAUACAACAACCAAAUUAACCAAACUAAAGCUUAAUCGGUUUGGUUAAUUGGUUAACCAAAAUAACCAAUAUAACACCACAUUAUCGUUAAGUGAGAAAAAAUUUCCGGUUACUGCAUCAAUUCACAAUUUAUAUAAUGAAUAACACAUAACAAU